AAGAGUGUAAGAAGUACAUGACUUUCGACGAGUCACAGCCGUCACAUCGGUCAAACUGGUUGCUUUCAACUUGCCGGUGUCGAUUGAUCGUUGUCAGUAAUUAGUGUUGUAGCUUAUCUUUGCUUUCACCACCUGUAUUUCGUGUAUACAUUGUUCGCGUCGGUCGACUUAGAGCCUAUCAUGCAGUGCGUCAAAGGAGGUGUUGGGGAUGUUAAGUCCACCGUGGAAUUCACCAUCAAUGAAACGCCAUACAUCGUGGAUAAGAACAUACUACCUGGAACAUCCCUGAACGUGUUCAUCAGAGAUCAUGCGAAGCUCCGAGGAACCAAAGCCAUGUGCCACGAGGGUGGAUGCGGCGCUUGCAUUGUAUCUGCAACAGUAAAUGGCGUAACAAUGUCUGUAAACUCCUGUUUAGUACCAGUUUUGAUUUGCCAAGGCUGGAUAAUCAAGACUAUCGAGGGACUAGGCAACCAAAAGGAUGGCUACCACGUUUUGCAAGCUACCCUGGCGCAGAAAAAUGGUUCCCAGUGCGGCUACUGUUCUCCAGGCAUGGUGAUGAACAUGUACAGUCUUCUACAAGACAAGAAGUUGACCAUGAAAGAGAUAGAGAACUCGUUUGGCAGCAACAUUUGUCGCUGCACCGGCUACAGGCCAAUCUUGGACACGUUCAAGAGCUUCGCUUCCGAUGCUCCCAAGGAAAUGGUCAAGGAGAUACACGAUAUCGAAGAAUUGUACAAAAUGAAGAUAUGCAAGAAAACCGGUGAACCAUGCCAAAACGGUCACAACGGGUGCGCUGCAGUCAAUCAGAAUACAGACACUGCGAUCAACAUUAAAUUAAGUGGAUCAGCGUUCCAUAAAGUUCUCACGGUAGACACUUUGUUCGAAGUGUUUCGAAACAAUCCUGAUGCUAGCUAUGUUCUUCACGGUGGCAAUACCGCUCACGGUGUCUACCGACUGAAAGUACCUGAUAUGUACAUCGACAUAAACGACAUUUCCGAUCUACGUCGCAUAAGCAAGGAGAGCGACUCUUUAACCAUUGGUGGCGGUGUCUCUCUCACGGUGGCCAUGGAUACUUUCAACAAAUACUCGAAGGAACCGAAAUUCGGGUACUUGCAACACCUAGCCAGUCACAUUGAUUUAAUUGCAAGCGUGCCCGUCCGAAAUAUCGGUACUCUAGCUGGGAACCUGAUGAUCAAACACCAGCAUCGCGAAUUUCCCUCAGAUCUGUUCUUAAUAUUUGAAACGGCCGGCGCUCAGAUACACGUUCUGGAUGCCGGUGGCAAGAAGAGCAUGAACUUCCUGGACUUUUUAAAGUACGACAUGAAGCACAAACUUAUAUACAGCAUAGUGUUGCCUGCGCUUGGAAGCGAAUAUUCGUACAGAUCUUUCAAGAUUAUGCCAAGAGCUCAGAAUGCCCAUGCCCACGUGAACGCUGGUUUCCUGCUGAAGUUAGACAGGACUGGGAAAGUUUUGGGAAAGCCGAACAUCAUAUUCGGUGGUAUACACAAAGAUUUUCUGCACGCGACAAAUACUGAGAAUUUUCUAAUCGACAAAUCCGUUUUCAACAAGGACAUUGUUAAACAAGCUUUGGACAAGUUGGACACCGAAUUGACUCCGGAUCACGUGUUGCCCGAUUACUCUCCAGAAUUUAGGAAAACUCUUGCCGAAGGACUCUUCUUCAAGUUCCUCAUCAAUUUAAAAUCGGAGAACGUGGACCCGAAGGUACGUAGUGGAGGGACCAUUUUGGAGCGUGAACUGUCUUCGGGAAAACAGGAAUAUGAUACGGACAAGAACUUAUGGCCUCUGAAUCAACCGCUUCCAAAGAUGGAGUCAGCCCAUCAGACUUCCGGUGAAGCGCAGUAUAUGAACGAUCUACCACCUAUGCACAAUGAAGUUUUCUGUGCGUUCGUUCUCACCAGUGUGCCCAAUGGGAAGGUCGGAAGCAUCGACGCCUCCGAAGCCUUGAAAAUGAAAGGAGUCGUUGCAUUCUUCUCGGCCAAAGACAUUCCUGGCAAGAACGUAUUCAUUGCCGGGGUCAGUAAGCAGAUGAUGUUGUCGUUCGACGAAGUGUUAUUUGCCGACGAGAAAAUUGAAUUUAAUGGUCAGCCGGUUGGCGUGGUUGUCGCGAUUAGUCACACAAUUGCCAACGAGGCCGUGGAGAAGGUGAAGGUCUCCUACGUUGACGUGAAGGAAGACAAAGGGAUAUUCAACAUAGAACAAGUGAUCGCGUCCAACGACGAAAGCAGACUGUUACAGACAGUACAUUUUGACGCUAAUACCAAAGGAAAGGACACGAAGCAGGUGGUGAAAGGUGUGUUCCGCUGCGGCGGUCAAUACCAUUACACCAUGGAACCUCAGACUUGCGUUUGCGUUCCAAUCGAGGAUGGUUUGAACAUUUUUUCGUCCUCGCAGCACAUGGAUCUUAUCCAAACGAGCGUAGCACUACUCCUAAACAUACCGAAUAACAGUAUAAACGUGAAUGUGAGACGAUUGGGUGGAGGCUACGGUGCGAAGAUAUCUAGAGCUACAAUGGUAGCAUGUGCGUGCGCGUUGGUCAGCUACAAAUUGAAUCGACCGGCACGUUUCAUAAUGAGCAUAGAGAGCAACAUGAAGGUGAUAGGCAAGCGAUACGACACCCGCCAGGACUACGAGAUCGGCGUGGACGACAAUGGGAAGAUACAGUAUUUGGACGCGAAGAUUUGGGGCAACGCCGGUUGCAGUUUCAACGAGAUGCAUGCGUUUCUAACGGCGGAACAUAUGAAGAAUUGCUAUGACACCAGCACCUGGUCCUGCGACGGUUUCGAAGCGAAGACUGAUCUACCAAGCAACACCUACUGCCGAGCACCAAGUUCUACGGAAGCCUUAGGUAUGGUAGAGAAUCUGAUGGAGCACAUUUCAAGGGUUGUUGGGAAAGAUCCUCUGGAGGUGAGGCUGGUGAACAUGAGUUCAGAUUACAAGGACAAGUUGCAGCCUAUGCUGGAAAAUUUGCGCAAGACAGCGGACUAUGACAUGAGGAAGAGAGCCGUGGAAACGUUUAACAAUGAAAAUCGAUGGAAGAAAAAGGGAAUAGCGCUGGUGCCGAUGAUGUAUCCCCUCACUGUCUGGGGACAGUUCAACGCACUCGUUGCAAUUUACGCCCGCGACGGUACCGUUUCCGUUACACACGGUGGCGUCGAGUGUGGUCAGGGUAUUAAUACCAAGGUAGCUCAGAUAGCAGCUCACACGUUGGGCAUCGACUUGUCGCUGGUCACCGUCAAGCCGAGCAACAAUUUAACGGCACCGAACAAUUUUGUGACCGGUGGCAGCAUUACCAGUGAAAGUUGCGCAUACGCAACGAUGAAGUCUUGCCAAGAACUCUUGCAACGACUGGACCCCAUAAAAAAGGAGCUAAAGAAUCCCACUUGGCAAGAAUUAGUACUUAAAGCAUAUCAAAAGAACGUUGAUCUUUGCGCGCGUUACAUGUAUUUUCCAAACGACGACAUAAAGUCUUACCAAAUCCAUGGAGUCACAAUAGCGGAAGUCGAAGUCGAUAUGUUGACUGGACAACACCUUGUGAACAGAGUGGACAUAACCGAGGACGUUGGCGUCAGCAUGAAUCCGGAAAUAGACGUAGGUCAGAUAGAAGGUGGCUUUGUCAUGGGUCUCGGAUUUUGGACCUCUGAAGACUUAAUUUACGAUCCCAAGACUGGCGCAUUAACAAAUUACAGAACCUGGAAUUAUAAACCGCCUGGAGCAAAAGACAUUCCUGUCGAUUUUCGCAUCUACUUCCAAAAUUCGCCCAAUCCAUUGAGCGUUCUCCGUUCCAAAGCAAUCGGCGAACCACCUCUUAUCAUGAGUUGUGCAAUUCCAAUCGCAAUUCGCAAUGCAUUAGACUCGGCAAGAAAAGACGCUGGGAAUAAAGAUCAGUGGUAUCGGUUGGAUGGUCCUGUAACCACGGAAAAGGUUUUACUAAACAGUUUAACCAAUAAGGAACAAAUGGUGCUUUAAACUAAAAGUUGAGUUUUUCUUAAAUAAAAUACGAUGUUGUUUAAUA